CGCUUUGACUUUGACCACCAAGAAGCCACAACUCGUUCACGAUUAUUGAUCCUACCCGUCGAUAAAUAUCAAGUUCUCUUGAAUUUCGCAUGAAAUGGAAUCUUACGCCUCCUCAAGGGACAUUGAGUGGAGAAUCAACAUGAUCGUGGAAAGUCAUGACCCUCAAUAUCAACCAGGGAGGCUCUGUUAUACUUUCAGCUAUUGCUGGUCAAAAGACUGGCCUUCAGUCUCAAUCUGAACCAGUCUCGGCGAUUCAACAUCGUGCAGAAGAAGUAGAACUCACAACCAAUAAGCCGCUCACCCCAUCAGAUCUUCCUCGACCUCCGCUCGCUCGUGCGGUUUACCGGCACAUAUUUAGGCCAUGUCCAUGGCUAGGUGUAAAGCACGAUGGAUACCCGAUGCUGUCACUCCGGGAUUAUCAAAACGCUCGAAAGGCAGACAGCCACGGCACCCCCAAUCCUGAGGAGUAUGUCGCUCUCUUUCAGGCCCAACUCACAUUUGGUUUAUUGGAGGCGGUUAUGGAGAUCAAGCUCUCUGAGAGCAUGAUGGUGGUCGACAGAGGCGGAGGUACCGUUCUGAUUGAUGAGCAUCUCCCAGAUCUCCUAGCUGAUUGGCGCAGUCGCAUCAAGAAACUCGGAAGGGGCGAGGAAUGUCGAAAAUGGGCCGAACGCGUUGAAGAAGCAUUACAAGUCGCUCGUCGUUUUCUCCACAUGGAAAUCACCUUCCCCCGCAAUAGCCCCUUCCGUGUUGCGAACACUUCUUGGGAGUUGCAUUGUGCCAUUCUGAUCACUUGCGCGGCGAUUGGGGAAGCUCUGACUUCGUCCAGACGAAUAUUUCCUCCCGAAUAUAUCUCUCAAGGUAUCUCGUGGACGUUCAUCAGUAUGAUGGCCGAUCUACAUGCCCGGGACAUGCUCAAGAACGGCUGGUGCCCAUUUACUGUCAGCAUCAUUGUAGAAAGCGGUAUUUGUGGACUGGGAUAUGCCAGCACGAGGCAUCCCCCAGUGCGGGAUGGGAGUCAUGCAAACUGCAGCAAGGAUGCUUGCAUUCUCAACAACAUUGACACUUCCACAUAUCGCAACAAGCACGUUUCCCCUUGUGGCGAAUGCAGCUAUAUCAAACCAUCUCUGGACUCCGUCCUGGCGUAUCUUUGUGCAGGAGAAAUCCCCGUUGUAGAGUAUAACUCGGCAGCCCGACGAUUGUCGGUCUUCCCAGCGUCCAGUGUGCCAUAUGUGGCCAUUUCCCAUGUCUGGGUAGAUGGUUUUGGGAGUACAACAGAGGUCGGACUGCCACUGUGUCAGAUUGAGCUGCUUCACAGCAAGGUAGAGGAAAUGGGUGUUGGAGGUGGUUUCUGGAUGGAUUCCCUUUGCGUGCCUGCAGAGCAAGAGUUACGAAGGCAGGCAAUUCGGCUCAUGGCAAAGACCUAUAGAGAGGCUCGCGCGACACUCGUUUUUGACUCUGGAAUUCGUUGCUGCUCAGCUGCUGCUCCGUUGGAGGAGAAGCUGCUUUCUGUCCUGUCUUGUGGAUGGAUGCAGCGCCUUUGGACGUUGCAGGAAGCCUUGUUGGCGCGCCGCCUCACUUUUGCCUUUGCUGACUGCUUGGAGGACAUCGACAAAUUGUUACCGGUUGGAGAGGACCAACUUCUCGACAGCCUUGUGACAGGGCUAUCUGGCGAAAUCUUUCGCAUGGUGAAGCACCAACGAUCCUUGGUAAAUUCCGCGUCAUUUGGAAUAGGGGAUUUAGCCCGCUCCCUGCAGUGGAGAUCAACGAGUAAGAGCGGGGAUGAAACUCUUGCUAUCGCUGGUCUGGCAAAUGUCGAUGCGAAGGAAUUGGUCAAAUUGCCUUCACAUGAACGCAUGCGGAUUUUUCUGCUUCGCGUUCAAGAGCUCCCGUCAAAUAUUAUCUUCAUGUCAGUUCCCAAACUUGAUGAACCAGGUUUUCGUUGGGCCCCGCGGACGCUCAUGCAAAGGGGAGGAUCUCCGAUGGCUGUUUCACAUGCUUAUGAAGCUAUCUGUACACCUACCGGUCUCCUUGCUGAAUAUGCCGCGGUUUAUUUCCAACGGACGGAGGUUCGUCGAGAUACCCAGUGGUUCCUCUCGAACAUCACGAAGAAAAGAUUCUACAGAGCGACGGUGGUAGCCGCGGACGACUCUGCAGAGACAUAUUCGUGCAACACCUUACUGAUGAUGAAGUUACCUGGGCCUGCAGACUUGGUGAUAUGUGCAGCGGUUCUCGUCACAGAAAUCGACACAGAGGAGCAAGGGGAUAGGAUGGUUUGCCAGUACAAACAGCGAAUUCUCCUCGCUGAGAUUCCUGAGUUCAAACUGCAACAGGAGAACCAAAAGAAAUUCAUAGAGGCGCGGUCGGGAAGAAUGUUGACGAGGGUUACCUGAACUCAAACAGAAAUGAUUGGAUGAAGUCGGAAGAUAUAAGUUGUAGUGGGAUUGACAACAACAAGGAUGAUCGAGAGACUCGUAUAUCGGAAGGAUGAAUGGUAGAACGACGAAGAACGCAAUGGUGGAGGAAGCCGGCAUGUCAGUGAUCUUCGGUGCUGGGUGCGGGAGAGUAUACGACGACCAGGAGAACUGGCGUAAAGAAAAACUCAAACUCACGGGGCUGUAUGUGUAAACGAUAAGUGUUGGGUUAUAGGUACGACUGUCCUAUUGUACCUAGGAACGGGUUGAGCUACUGGAAUGCCUCUGGACCACCCAACUGGAACUGUCUGUCCUUUCCUUGGCGAAUAAGAUAGUUGAAACCCGGCCAGAACAAGAAGGAUGAUAUUUUGUGAAACCUCUCUGGGGCGUGCUCUUCAAUCACCAGAGAACCAUAAAUGCGCGAGGUCGGUCGUCGAGUCUCUGUGUGUCGGAAGCAUCCGGGUGUAUUCGCCAUAACGAGCCGUCCUCGGCAGCAAAGUGCAUGAAACCAUCUAUUG